UAAGUGGAUGAAUACCUUUUAUAGAAGGCAAUAGAUUUCAGAUUUAAAAUAUAAAACGGAGAAAGAUUUAUUAUGCCAUUUUCAUAUGGUAUUAACAAGCUGUAAUUCUCCAUAACUAGGUUGGGGUAUUUAAAAUUACAAUUGCAUCCAUUGUAUUUAAUUUUCUUUUGUAUUAACAUUUCUUUUGUUGGAAAUUAGGAUCAAGAUACAAUCCUUAAUGAACUGGAAAUACUUGAGAAGGUCUCUGGCCAUGAGAAUAUCAUCUCCUUUUAUGGCGCAUUUUACCAAAAGCCUGCUAGAAGGAUUAAUCAAGAGCUAUGGAUUGCUACAGAACUUUGUGAUGGUGGAUCAGUACUUGACCUAAUAAAAAGCAAAAGGAAUCGUUCCUUAGAAGAAAGCUGGAUUGCUUAUAUCUGCAAGCAGGUAUUACAGGUAUGUCACAUGUGAACCUUCUCUGUUAUUUAAUAAAUUUUCAUCUUAUUAGUUCAAGAACAUGAAAAAUAAUUGUAUUUACAAUUUUCCUUUAUAUUUUUCCCAGGGCUUGUAUCAUCUCAGAAAACAGAGAAUUUUACAUUGCGACGUGAAGCCCGAAAAUCUGAUGCUAACUGAAGACGCAGUUGUAAAGAUAAUUGAUUUUGGUGGUGCUGUCACGGGAGGAAAAAGUGAAAGCCCUGCUGGAGAUAUGGCAUAUUUAUCACCAGAGGCCAUUGUCUGCAUGAGUAAGAGAGGCGAAUUUGACCAUAAGGCUGAUGUGUGGUCUUUGGGAAUGUCAGCCAUUCACAUGGCAGAAGGAUGUGUCCCAUACAACAAACUUCCUGACAAGGCUUUGAUCCAACAAAUUACUCGUGGUCCGGCUCCUACGUUGAAAGGGAACAAAUGGAGUGAAAAAUUCCACUACUUUAUUGAGGAAUGCCUGCAGAAAAAUCCUGCUGAGAGACCAUCUGCAAGGCAGCUCUUGUCACACCCUUUCAUCACAGAAAUAAGCAAUGAAAGGGUUGUACAGAAGAAUAUUAUGAAGCAUCUGCAGAGAGGUAAGAAAAAUAGCUUAUUCUUAUUGUCAUUCUGUAACCAUCUGUUGUCCUAUACAAACAAUAUUCUCUGGCUUCACAUAACAAAGGCAUAGACUGUUAGGGUGUGGGUUACUGAACUAGGCCACAUGUAGGAGUGAGACCCAUAAGGUGAGAUGGGAGACAAUGUUAUUGUUGGAUAGUUGUAGCUGAACAUUAAAUAAGCAGAAAAAGGCACGUGACAUAUAACAUGUAAUGAUAAAAAUUGUAAAUGAAAAUAUCAAAAAAUUAAGAAAUUGUAAAAUGAUUAUGUAUACAAUUGCUUCAUGACUAACAAUGAACAAUAUUUCAUACUAGCAAACCAUUGAAGCUAAAAGAAGAAAAUGUUGAAGAUGAAUAACAGAUCGACAUCCACCAUCUGCAGAUGACCAAUUGGUGGAGACUGAGAAACCACCAAACUGCCUAAAGAAAUUCUUCUGUGAUUGGAUACAAACAGAUCCAAGGAACUACCUGGAAGAAA